AUGGCGAAGAGACUCAUGCGCAUCCUUGAAUUCCAUGCAGCAGACACAUCUCCUCCAGGAAAUAAAGGAUUGCGUUUCCACUGCAACGCACACACAUGUGAAGAAGGCACACAGUAUUUCGGGGAUGAGCGUGGAAAGGAUCGAAGCACAGUGCAUCAUUCAGGAACAGGCAAUACCACAUCCCCUCGUCUAAAGUCAUUUCUCAUCGCGGGUGGUUUUAAUUUAGCAUUCGAUGGGAUGAUAAAAGUGGUAAAUAAUGAAUUUAUUCGUGGGCUAUCAAAUACGACGUAG